AUUUCUAUAAAUUUGCUACUCUUUUUGUAACGAUCGGAACUGACACCUAAGCCAUGAAACCAUUUGGAUUUUCGACUCGAAGUACCUUCCGAAAUCUCUACAAAAAUCCAUGGAAAGUCGCAAUAAAAUCGUUCUUUAGUUAUGCCAAUGAAAUUGCACACCCAUUGCCAAGGAAGCCUCCAAAUGUGGCACCCAAAGAAGCCGUCAAAUGCAUUAAAUCAGGUGAUGUCGUAUUCUGCCAGGGAGCUGCAGCAACACCAAAUGUUCUUAUCUCCGCCAUGGUGGAACAUGCCAAAGAGAACUGCCUAGAGGAUAUCACCGUGUGCCAUAUGCAUACCGAAGGUCCUGCAGCCUAUUGCACUCCAGAAAAUAGUGCAAUAUUCCGUUCUACUUCUUUCUUUAUGGGAGGAAAUGUUCGUCAAGCUGUGGCCGAGGGGCGUGGUGAUAACUAUGCCAUAUUUCUACAUGAAAUUCCAUUGUUGUUCUACAAGAAAAUUGUCCAACCGGAUGUGGCACUGAUACAUGUUUCACCACCAGAUCGUCAUGGAUUUUCCUCGCUGGGCACAAGUGUGGAUUGUGUUCGGGCAGCUCUGCUAAACUCAAAGAAAAUUAUUGCCCAGAUAAAUAAACAAAUGCCAAGGACCUAUGGUGAUGCCUGUAUACAUUCUUCGCAUUUCGAUGCCAUGACUGAAGUUGAUGUCAAGCUACCCCAACAUGGCGGAAAACCAGGUGAGAAAGAAUUGAAAAUUGGAAAACUAGUGGCGGAAAAUCUGGUAUGUGAUGGAGCCACCUUGCAAAUGGGUAUUGGGGUAAUACCCGAUGCUGUGCUCAAUGCCCUGCACAGCCACAAAGAUUUGGGUAUUCACUCGGAAAUGUUUGCCAAUGGAGUUGUGAAUCUGGUGAAAGCUGGAGCAGUGACCAAUCGCUUUAAGAAAAUGCAUCAAGGCCGCAUUGUGGGCUCCUUUCUAAUUGGCGAUGAGGCUCUAUAUGAUUUUGUCGAUGACAACACAUCCAUUGAAAUGUAUGCCAUAGACUAUGUGAAUAGUGUCAGCGUCAUCAAGCAACUGCCUCGCAUGACUGCCAUAAAUUCAGCCAUCGAAGUGGAUCUCACGGGCCAGGUAUGUGCGGAUUCAAUUGGAACCCGGUUCUAUUCUGGAUUUGGUGGCCAGGUUGAUUUUAUACGUGGUGCUGCUGAGGGAAUUGAUGGCAAAGGAGUUCCCAUAAUUGCCCUGCCGUCAGUAACCAAUAAGGGAGAGAGUAAAAUUGUACCCAUCCUUAAACCUGGUGCUGGUGUGGUCACCUCUCGCGCCCAUGUCCAUUACGUGGUAACAGAACAUGGAAUUGCUUCGCUGUUUGGAAAAAAUAUGCGUCAACGUGCCUAUGAGCUGAUACAAGUCGCCCAACCCGAGCAUCGUGAGAAAUUGGAGAAGGCCGCAUACGAGCGUUUGAAGGUCAUGCCUUCUAAGUGUUAA